ACUUACCACCAUCGACAAGUUAUGGAACACCGAACUUAGGAGGAGGAGGAGGAAGCUUCGGCGGCGGUGGAGGAGGUGGUGGUCUAUCUUCUACGUAUGGUGCACCCGGUGGCGGUCGCCCAUCCUCAUCUUAUGGAGCACCAUCCAGUAACUAUGGAGCACCAUCCAGUACCUAUGGUGCUCCGGGCGGCGGUGGAGGCGGUGGCGGAAGACCGUCCAGCACUUAUGGCGCACCCUCCAACGGAGGUGGCCGACCAUCGAGCAACUAUGGAGCACCGUCCAGCUCCUAUGGAGCACCGUCAAGCACUUACGGUGCACCGAGCGGCGGCGGUGGCGGUGGUGGAAGACCUUCCAGCACUUACGGUGCCCCAUCCGGUGGUAACGGAUUCAGUGGUGGAAUCUCCUCGAGCUAUGGGGCUCCAUCGCGCGGCGGUGGUGGUGGCGGUGGAUUGUCCUCGUCUUACGGAGCACCAAGUUUCGGCGGUGGUAGCCCAUCCACCAGUUACGGAGCACCUACUGGUGGCGGCAACGGAUACUCGAGACCAUCUUCGACUUACGGUACACCUAGCACCGGUGGUGGCAGCUUCGGAGGUGGAUAUUCUGGAGGUGGAGGUGGAUACUCUGGAGGCGGUAAUGGCGGAUACUCUGGAGGCAGCAGUGGUGGAUAUUCCGGAGGUGGUGGUUACUCCGGUGGCGGCGGUGGCUACUCCGGAGGUGGUGGCUAUUCCGGUGGCGGUGGUGGCUAUUCCGGCGGCGGCGGUGGCUAUUCCGGAGGCGGUGGUGGCUACUCCGGUGGAGGCAACGGAGGCUACUCUGGAGGAGGCGGAGGUGGCUACUCUGGAGGAGGCGGUGGCGGCUACUCUGGAGGAGGCGGAGGUGGUUACUCUGGAGGUGGUGGCGGCGGCUACUCCGGUGGCGGAGGUGGCCAAAGCUACGCUAGCAACGGAGGUUACCAAUAUUAAUCGCAACAAGUCUUCACCCCGCGCGACGACCUUCGAUCAUGUUUCAUCAAUCAUCAAUCACCAUCAAGCGAAUCAAAAGUAUUCAUCAACCACGCAACAACCGAAGCAUAAGAAAUUCAUCAAAGACGCCAAGCUUUUACGAAUCAAUGGAACAUCAGCUGCUAACAGAAGGGGGAAGAAUGAAGCGGAAUCGGAGGUCACUCCCGCGAACUCAAAAUCAUUUGCGACGCAUCCAGGAUCCGCAUUAAAAGUUCAAGAGUGAACGCGGUAGCAUUCGCUGCCUUGAGAAAACUUGAACGUGCAUCGGAGCAGGCGUAUCCCUGAUAGCAAACGAAACAAGGGAGCGAAGAACGCAGAAGAUUCAAGGUAGUACGCUGGCUUACUUCUCUUACCACUUGCUCUCAGGUAUAUACCUAUCCGCCGACAAUAUUUACCACCUAAUUGAAAGGAAGGAAUUCCGCUGAAGGAAGAAAAAAUUGGAGAGAGGAGAAAAGUUCGUUCUUCAUUCAGAGCCUGUAACUUAUUUAUUUUGUAAAAAUGCUUUUUGUACUAAUAAAACCGCUAUGCUGGAGAAAGAAAUGUA